AUGGCCAACCGAACAACUGCCGGAGGAAUCGGAUUCGCCGUCCGCCAGAAGCAAGAAUCCAAGUACAUCGAGGAGGAAGGAGCUCUCCUCCUCAACUGGAUCAAAAAAUUGUCCGGCGAGAACAUCAACACGGACGGAGCUCGCGAUAACUUCGCCAAAUUGUUGAAGGAUGGAACACUUUUGUGCAAACUCGCCAAUGGAAUCGAGGCAGGAUCGAUCAAGAAGAUCCAGAAGCCAGUAUCGACAUUCGCCAUGAUGGAGAACAUCAACGCGUUCGUCGAGUUCACCAAAAAGCAGGGAGUGCCAACUGAGGAGACCUUCCAAUCGGUCGACCUCGUUGAAAGCCGCGACUUGUUCUCGGUUUGCGUCACUCUUCUCUCGCUUGGCAGAAGACUCCAGAAGGCGGGAAAAACCAACCCAUUCAACUAA